UCUUUUUUUGCGGAGGCGGAGUUAAGACGAUAAACGUGGGGCCGGCUGAAGGGAAGCAGUGAGUGUACCGAGGUUCUCCUUCCGCCGUCCGUAUGUGCAGAGAGCAGUCUGAUAUCGCUGGGAGGAAAAUGUCAUGCGGGCUGUGGAAAGAGACCCUGGCUCUGGCAGAGGACUACCUGUACCUUUGCUGCACAAGCUCAUGGGCAGCCCCUCCACCUCCCAGCGAGUCAGCCGCUGCCAUGAGACGCCUGGCCCAGGACAUGGAGAAGCAGCACCAGGCUCGCUUCCAGAACCUUGCUCAGACCUUCCUGGGGCAGUGUGGGCAGGACCCCUACUCCAGCCUUAAGAAGGUGAUGCAUGAGCUGGUGGGAGAUGGACACUUGAACUGGGGGAGAGUUGUUUCCAUUUUCACUUUUACUGGGAUGCUGGCCAGACAGUGUGCUCCAGGGCUGGGCCCUGGGCAGGGGCAGGAACUGGGACAGGGGCCCGGAAACUGCAGGAGACUGGCAGAGACCAUAGCUGAUUACCUGGGAGAGGAGAAGAAAGACUGGCUGCAGGAGAAUGAUGGAUGGGAGGGGUUCUGUAAGUUCUCCCGCAGUGCCAGAGAGGUGAGCCAGGACUCGUCGAUGAAGACAGCGCUGUUUGCUGCUGCCGGCGUGGGCCUAGCUGGACUCACCUUCCUCCUGGUGCGCUAAAUCAGACUUCUACGUCCUUAACACAUUCUCAUCCGUCAUUUCCUUUGGCACAAUUAAGUAGACAUUUGAAUUUUAACAUCAAUGCUGCAAAAAACAGGCUUAAUCUGUAGUGAAUUCAGGGUUGUGAUCUAAAGUCAUCAAC